GCUAUUUCUCAUCACCCCCUCCACACUAACAAAAGCUUAUAUAUCUGAAAAUUUAAACAAAAUUUCAGAUAUGGCUUCAAGAAUUAUAGCCUCCACCGCAUUUCUCGUCUCCCUCAAUCUUCUCUUCUUCACUUUGGUUAGCUCUGCCUAUUAUCCACCAUCACCAUCCGAGUCAAAAGACUAUACACCCGACUACACUAGUAAUCCAACAUCAGCAACACCAGAGCCAAAAGAAUACACACCAGACUACACUAGUAAUCCAACAUCAGCAACACCAAAACAAAAGGAAUACACACCUGACUACACUAUUAAUCCAAAAUCAGCAAUACCAGAGCAAAAAGAAUAUGCACCUGACUACGCUAAGAAUCCAACAUCAGCAACACCAGAGCAAAAAAAAUAUGCAUCUGACUACACUAAAAAUCCAACAACAGCAACACCAGAGAAAAAAGAGUAUGCACCUGACUACGCUAAGAAUCCAACAUCAGCAACAUCAGAACAAAAAGAAUAUGCACCUGACUACACCACCAACCCAUCAUCAGAAACACCAGAGCAAAAAGAAUAUGCACCUGACUACACCACCAACCCAUCAUCAGAAACACCAGUGCAAAACGAAUAUGCACCCGACAACACCAACAACCCAUUAUCAGCAACACCCGAGCCAAUCAAUUAUGCACCUGACUACACUAGCAACCCAUCAUCAACAUCAUCAGAGCCAAUCAAUUAUGCACCUGACUACUCUUCCCACCCAUACGCUAAACCUGCUAAAUGCCCAAAAGAUACCCUCAAAUUAGGUGUAUGCGUCAGCUUAUUAAAAGAUUUAUUGGGUGUUACAAUUGGUACCCCACCACAUGCUCCUUGUUGCAGCCUCAUUGGUGAUCUUGUUGAUCUUGAAGCUGCCGUUUGCCUUUGUACUACCAUCAAAGCUAGUCUCUUGGGCAUCAACUUGAAUCUUCCAGUUAACCUCUCUUUGCUGCUCAACUACUGUGGCAAACAAGUGCCAGAAGGAUUUCAGUGUGCAUGAAUUGAUUAAUUUUUAUUUUCUCCGAACUCUGUUUGCUAGUUGUACUGUAAACGUUUUUUCCAUCUCAUUUUUAUGUUGUUUUCUUUGGUAGACUCGAGCUUUUUAUCUAUGUCCGCUCUAAAAGUACAAGAUCUUACUCAUUUGAAUUGUACUGCUUUUAAUUUAUGAAGUAAUUCUAUUUUUUGAAAAAAUAUUUAUAUUUUCAA